AAAAUUCCUGUUCCUGUUCCCAGGUGAGGGUUCUGUGGUAAAGGCACGAAUAUUGACGUGUGUGGAAGGGAUGAACGUGCCCUUGCUGGAACGAGCCAUACAGGAGCAGAGGAGAUACUUCAACGAGAGGCAGGAGUGGAUGGGAAACAGCACAUCCCGAUGGCAGCUCUGCGACGCUG